ACUACCGUUCAUCUUUCACCAAACCCUGACAGUAUCAUAUAAUUAUACUGCAGUUAGAUCAUAUUUGACCUUAGAAACCUCCCUGUCCUUCAGGAGUUUGUUGGGAUGAGUUUUAAGCAGAGAAAGUCUUGAUGGGAGGGAUCUGCUCUCCCUGACUGUCAGUGGAUGCAGCAGCAGCAGGACUGUCCUCAGCCCGGGUUACUUUCAGCUAACGGGUCCGAACAUCCUGCAGAGAAAAGCAGCUGUUUGCUGCAAACAUGCACUAAACUUUCCUCUAAACUCCCUCUAACUUUCUGACUUUGUCCCGGGAUGCCUCGGUCUGAUGAUGCACGCGCACACGCCGCAGCCUCGCGUUGCUCCUCCUCGAUAGACUCUUCGAUUCAAGAAGUGUAAAAAGGCUUCAACCGGAAACCAAACUUUUGUCUUCGAACUUUUUGCUGUGAGGCAAAAGAGGAAAGGAGAGGAGCCUGUAGUGUCACAAACAGCACGGUUCCUUUUUUCUGCUUUUACGUUUGCAGUUGGAAAUGUGUCAGCUGCCGACCAACGAGGGAGAAGUCAACGGUUCCAGGCGAGGAUAAUAAAUACGGGCGACGUCGAGUGAUUUUAGGCUGCUCAGCUCUCAUAUAACGGAUUCUGGUCCUUUAUCAUGGAAGAUGGUGUGAAAGAGGACCCAGCCCAGAGUAAAGAGCCAAAGUUCCUGGGUAAGGCCGGCUGGGUGAAGAAGGCCCAUGGCAGAGUGUUGGCCAGCUAUAAGGACCGAUUCAUCCACGUGGAGAGGACAGAGAUUGUGGUGUAUGAGAAUGAGGACCUGCAGAACUGUUUGGAGAGGCUUGACCUGGAAAACUACGAUAAAUGUCACGAGUUGAAGAGCCCCUUCAAGAAGAAACACCGACUGAUUCUGAUUCGAUCCCCCAAGUCUGCAAACAAGGUCCAUGAUUUGAAGUUUCAAGCUCAGACUGCGGAAGAGAAGGAGGCUUGGAUUAAAGCACUGAGCGAUGGCAUCAACCGAGCAAAGAACAAAAUCUUUGAUGAGGUGAAGAUUGAUGAGAGCUGUAAUCUAGAGCAUGUCACAAGAACAAGACCCAAAGGAAACCGUAACAGACGGCCACCAACCAGGAUACACAUGAAAGAGGUUGCUGGUGUGUCCUCUGAUGGUAUCCUGCGACUGGAUCUUGAUCUUGAGAAUGCUAUAAUGCCUAAUGGGACCCAUCACCUCAGUGUUGAUGGCACUGAAAAAGAUAAAACGCCAACGCCCUCAUCUAAUGAUGGUGACACUGCAUUUAAAGAGUCAGAGCAAACUCCUGAAGAAGAGACUCAGACCGAGCCACAGGUCAGUUCAGAGAAGAAGAUCAUCAAACCACCUAUGCCCCCCAUCAAAGAGGCCAAACCCAGUUCACCAACAGAGGACAAGCCUGAGAAGGAGGAUGGCUCAGAGAAAAAGGUCCUAAAGCCACCCAUGCCUCCUUCUAAAGAGGUCAAACCGAGUGUUUCCCCUAAAGAAGAAGCUUCGCAGGAGGAAAAAGCUGAGAAGAUUCCCGAGAAGAGUCCAGAUGCCAGGAAAAAGACUGGCCCACCGCCAACCCCUCCCAACAAACCCAGCACCAACAGCUCCACGAGCAACCUCACUGAGGCCUCAGAGUCCAGGCCAGACUCCCACCCUCCCACCCCUCCAUCCAAAGAGAAGAAACCCUCCUGUCCUGCUAAGGAGGUGGGCUCAGAGGUUCAAGGCUCCACUGAUGAGAGUGAGGAGAAGGCUGAGGAAAGCGAAGAAGAAGGAACAGCUGAGGCCGAGCCAUCGAUUUAUAAAGAAGAUGAGGAUCCUGAGAGUCCCACUGCAGAACGUGUUUCUGAAGAAGACACAGAAGAAGCUGACCAUGAGCCAAAAACAUCUACAGAGCCAGUCGGACAGAGCCCGACUCCUCCGCUUGUCCCCAAGAAAAAGCCUGAAAAAUCCCCUCCGCCUAAUGAUGAUGAAAACCUCAAUGCACCGCUGCAUGAUGCAAGAGAUACCUCAGCAAACUCUCCUCAGACAGAAGAGGAACCACCCAAGAGUGGAGUCCCCACAGUGGUUGUCUCUCUGAACGACCCGGUCACUGACAGCCUCGGCCUGAGUCCACUGCUCGCUCACUUUCCUGGAGAGAAGAAAAAGAAGGCGGAGGAGAAGUCUGUGGACAGCGGUCAGCACUCAGACGAUGACAGCGAAGCCUCUGGGAGUGAAGACACGCUGGCGGCUUCCACAGCUGCACUGAGAGGAAGUAACGCUGGCCUGGAUGUGCUAGACGCCAGCGAGGACGACAUUCAGGUGUCUGUUAGCCUGAGGCACCCACAGGUGGCGUCCAAGCCUCUGGUUCAAUCAAAGGCAUUUCCCUUUCGACGCUCAGUGCCCACUCCUCCUCUCAAACCCUCAGCCAAGGCACGAUCAGCCUCUUUUGGGAAUCUGCUGUCUGACUCUUCAGUCGGACAGCAGACCACAGCUGGAGCAGGAAGUAAAGCCACACCUGGAGAUGAUGUCAUCAAACUGGAGGCCGAGGUGGCUCUGGAGAUGGAGAAGACGCAGGAGCUCCUGAGCAAAGUGUCUGACGGGGGAGGCGACAAGGAGUUGAGGUCGGAAGAUCUUCUCACCAAGGCCAUGGAGAAGCUGAAGAAGGCUGACCAUGUCCUCAGAGAGGCCAAGAAACUCACACCAGCCAAGAACUCAAGCUUCAGGAAGAGCUGGUGAAAGACAUUUGUAGCAGAUCGUCCAGGAAAUGACCAUUCACUAAACCUUUCUCCUCCACAGUGAUCAUUUAUGAUUAUUCACAGCAACCCUGGAAGUUCAGAAUCUCUGCAUACUCUAACGUUUGUAUGAGGCUUUGAUAUUUGAUUUAAAAAGACUCCAUCUUUAGUCUGUUUCUAAUCCAGAACCACCAGAGCUAAUAGGCUGAUUGAACUGUGUCUUUCUGCUACAGUGAGCAAUUACUAGCAAUAGUGCAAGCACAGAACCAUUCGAGUGUACAGGAACCAUUCCAGUGCAUAUAGAAGACCAUUAUCUUUUACAUCCCAUGCAUGCAUAAGUGAUCACGGUGACUGAGCAACAUAGAGAGAGAGAGAGAGAGAGAGAGAGAGAAAGAGGGAGACAGUGUGUUAAUGUUACCCAUGAAACACCAAAACUCUAAUUAUCACCAGACAGCUGAACUUAAACACAACCACCUGCUAAGUAUUUGAAGCAAUAACACAUACUGUAGAAAAUAUCUGUUUUCUUGCCUUGAAAACAGACACUGAAGGAGAUAUCUGUCAUCUUGGAUUGCUCCUGACUUCUCAUGGAGUCACUGGCUGCUGCCUCCGGCUGUAUCACAAAUGCUAGUGGUGCAGUGUUGUGGUCGACUAAACCUUUAUAGUUCAUUAAUAUGAGGGUUUUACAUUCAUAGUGCUGUGGAAAAGUAUUUGCCCCGUCUUGAUCAUCAAACACAAUUUUUAAAUCAGACAAAGAUAACCAGAGUAAAUACAGGAGUCAGUUUUUAAAUGUCAGUGAGUCUUGCAUGUCACUGUGGAGGAAUUUUGGCCCACUCUUCUUUGCAGAAUUGUUCUCAUUCAGCCACACUGAAAGGUUUUCGAGCAUGAAUUGCCUUAAUCGACCAGGCGACUCUAAAACCUUCAGUUGACUUGCUGGCACUCAAGUGUGCUUGACCUCGAGGUCAUGAACUGAUGGCCAGAUAUUCUCCAGAAUUUUCUGGUAAAGAGCAACAUUCAUGGCCCCAUCAAUUACGGCAGGUAGUCCAGGUCCUGAAACAGCAAGGCAACCCAUCAUUCUACCGUGGUCUGAUGUUCUUCUGAGGUAAUACUGUGUCAGUUUUACUCCAGAUGAUAUGGGAUGCACACCUUCCAAAAGGUCAAACCGAAUCCUCAGGAUGUUUCUAGUCAAAUGUGAGACAAGCCUUAUGACGAUGCCAUUUUUGCCCAGUCUCUUUUUUACUGUUGAAUCGUGACCUCUGACCUUAACUGACACAAGUGAGGCCUGCAGGUCUUUAGAUGUUGU